UAGACUAAUGUUAGAAUUAUCUUAAAAUGUUGGUAGAGAGAUCAGCUCAACAUGUGUGAUAGUAGAGAGAGCAUGGGGAUGGGUGUGUCAUUGUUUUUGAAAGCACGGUUCGAGUCCCAGUGAUUACUUUUCCAUAUAUUGUUUUGCGGAGAACACUGGCAACACUGCAUUUGGAAUUUCUACGUCAGGAAUAUUUGCUUGUUGAUUUUUAAUAUCACAUCUUAAAUCAAGCAUUGGAUCCGCAGUAUUCUAUGAAUGUUUAACUCCGGCGUUUCUCUGGUAGGGAUGUAUCAUUCAACGUGUGAUUACCAGGCAGACAGCAUGGCGGAUGACAUCACAGUUGAAGACUAUCCUACUGAGAUUGAGGAACAACUCACAGGAUUUGAGUCUUCGGUCGGUGCGGUUAAUAACAUGGUGGAGACCAUUAUAUCCAUGCCAAGAAAUGAGCUGGCACAGAAGCUGGAUCCACUGGAACAAGCCAAGCUGGACCUGAUGUCUGCAUACACACUCAACUCUCUUUUCUGGAUGUACUUGGUCACACAAGGAAUAAACCCCAAAGAACAUGGAAUCAAGCAAGAGUUGGAGAGGAUCAGGACACACAUGAACCGCGUGAAGGAGAUCACCGAAAGGAAGAAAUCAGCCCGUUUGGACAAAGCAGCGGCCUCUCGUUUCCUCAGGAACGCCCUCUGGGAACCUGAGGAAGGUGGGUCAAAGGGCCCACCGGGUCGAGGUCACCACACGCCGGGUCGAGGUCACCACACGCCGGGUCGAGGUCACCACACGCCAGGUCGGGGUCACUCCACGCCGGGUCGUGGCCAGCACAAGGGUCGCGGUCACCAUACACCCGGCCGAAGCCAGCAUAAACCAGGUCGCGGCCAGGACAAGGUUUUAUAACCCUCUGGCAAAAUGAGCCAAACUCUGCUGGUGAAGUGGUUUGUUUUCUGGGACCGAUUCCUCAGCUGUGUCCGUAGCCUGUGGGCAACUAUCGCAAAGGACUGGGAUAUGGUUGGUCUCAGAACGUCCUCAAUUUGCUAUAGAUCCGAAAUGCCACGUAAAUACUGUCAUGAUUCACUGUUCUAUGUGGGUCAGUGGGGCGUGAUUGUUCUGUAGCCUAUUACCAACGGAACAUUCCAGAACGUUGUGUUCUGUUGAUCCAUGUGUGUUUUAUACAGUUUAUACAGUUUUAUUGUUUGUUUCACAGCCUGUGAUCAGUAAUGCAACUGGUUGGAAGAAUAAAAUCACACUUCAAACAUAAUGUCAGCGUCACCAUGAAUAAAAUGUUCUGCCAACAUCCGA